UGCUUCCCGAUCCACUGUCGCACCACCUCCAGCUGGGUUAAAGUGUCCGGACUCUCCCAGAACCGAGCAGAGGGACUGCUGUCUUUUUUGCGAUGUGCCAACGCUUGGUUUAUCCCCGGAAAACCGAGGCACUGGGAUGUCAUGGGUGUUCAGGGGUUGACUACAUAUGUGGAGUCCAACAGAAACUUCCUUCAAGAUGUGAGGUUCAGGGAUAGUCGGCUGGUUAUUGACGGCUGCAGUCUCUAUUUCCGCCUGUAUUUCAACUACGGAUUUGAUCAGCAGCAUGGGGGCGACUACGAUGCGUUCGCCUGCUUCCUCAACGAGUUCCUAUCUGCUUUGGAAAUUUGCAAAAUCGAGCCAUAUGUGGUGCUGGAUGGGGGAAUGGACCCAAGUGACAAGAAGUUCGCUACUCUGCGUCAGCGUCUGCAGUCCAAGAUAAAGGAGGCAGACAGCAUCUGUCAUGGUCGCAAUGGCUCUGUCCUCCCAAUCCUCGUAAGGAAAGUCUUCAUUCAGGUCCUAAAUCAAAGAGGAAUCCCACUGGUACAGUGUCCAGCAGAGGCAGACUGGGAGAUUGCCUGCUUAGCACACCAGUGGAACUGUCCAGUGCUGACAAAUGACAGCGACUUUUACAUAUUUGACCUUCCAGCUGGUUAUCUGCCACUUAAUUUUUUCCAGUGGACCAAUCUUAACGGAAAAGCUUCUCAGCGCUACAUCCCAUCCCGAUGUUACACCACUAACUCUCUGUGCCGCUGGUUUGGGGGCAUGAAUCGCGAGUUGCUGCCUUUAUGUGCAGUCCUAACGGGUAAUGACUACAGCGCUCCAAAAGAGACUGAGACCCUCCUUGCUCUCAUAGACGUGAGUGCAUUAGGAAGAGGCGGUGGCCGAGGCAGGGGGAAGGCACCUGCUUCUCGUAUCGAGGGCAUCCUUAUUUGGCUGUCAUCGUUUCCAAAUGUGACAGAGGCACUGAAGGAGGUUAGCAGGUUAAUGGAUGGAGCGGCUGGGGCAGGCAGGAGAGGACAUGGAGGUGAGCUCAGCUCCCAGCUGUUGGCUGCUAUGCAAGAGUACAACAUCAAGGCUCAAAGCUCUCUUGCUCCAUGGUUCUCGGAAGGUACGUUAGCUCCGAGGGGGAAGACAUCUGGUCUGGCACACCUGCCAGAGUGCUUGUCUCUGGCUGCAGCACGGGGACAGCUGUCUCCUCUUGCUCUUGAUGCUUUUGUCAUGCAGAGGGUCCUUCUCAUCCCGCAGGUGGAGAAUAGCAAACUAGCCAGCAGCCACUGUAGUUCUAGACCAAUACGUCAGGCUGUGUAUGGGAUUCUACUGCAAAAUGCUGCAAACACUGCAAGCCCAGUUAGUGGCGCAAAACUGGCAAAGGCAGGACAAGUCCAAAUGCAGGGAACAAGAAGUGACAGAGGAAGAGGAAGAGGUGGUAGAGGCAGGGGCCAGCAGGGGCCAGAACACAUGUUCAAUGCAGCUCCACUACAAACACAAUUACAUGGCUCUGGUUCUCCAAUUUUUGUGGAAGAGUACGACCGUUUGGACCUAAACCUCAGCAAAAAGCAAGUGGAACCAGUCAUCCUUUGGAGCCAUAUACAUCUGGAUGGGCUCAGUCAGGCUCCUGCUGCAGUGCGCCUUGGUGCCCUGUAUGAAGUCUUGGGUGUGACGCAGGCGGCCCUGGCUCCGGUUCCUCUCCAUCUGCAGCUUGCUGUUGCAGUGACUGGAUUCUGGUUGCGUGAGGCCACACCAACACCUUCACAGCCCCUGCUGAAGGCUUUAGUGAUAGGCAUGAUUUACGGAGAGCUGACAUUGAGCAAUCAGCCUGGAGCUCCCCGUAAAAUACCCGUUGCCCCACAGCCAAACUGGGCCGCCGAGAGAAGCUUUCUGUCAGCACUAGAUCGUCAGCGGGUGAGACCUGGUGAAAGACGGGGAGUGGACGUCGGGGCGGCCCACUGCCUCAGCCAAUGGCAGUCCUGCCUCUGGAGUGCCCUGUGCCUGAAUCAGCUGCUGCUGGUGCCGCUGCCCGAGCCCAACGUGUCAUUGUUGUUCAGCGGUACCUUGGUACACGGCCUCUUCAGGUACCUGAAAGGAGGCAGUCCUGUGGAGUCGUUGCUGCCUGGUGGAUCUUUAUCUGGACAGCUCUGUUUCUGCCUGCUGGACGCUGUGAAGGACUGCAGCCUCAAGGCAAACCCCUCCGGCUUCGGAUUAGGCAAGAAGAAGAGAGGUAGAGGCAGAGGGAGGAGAGGGAGAGGCGGAAGAGGACAAUCUCAGGGUGGAGGGAGGGUUUCAGAGGAGAUAAACAACAGGUUCGCUCUCCUUAUGAGUGAGGAAGAGGAGGAUUGAUAGAGAGGCAGUGAGAAAUGCACAGAUCUAGAACGCAAGGACCUUCAAGGGUUAUUCUUUGGAGGAGAAUAAUAUUUUUAAUCUUUACUGUCAUGCUCUGCAGUAUUUUAACCUCUACCAGUGAUAUGCAGGUGCUUAUCACUGGUAUAAGCACCUGCAUAUACCAGGUGCUUAACCGAUUUUAGAUCGGUUUACACACCAAUCUAAAAUGCGGUGUAUAAACUUCGCUGAUCAGCUGUUUCAAACCAUGUGCAUCAUUUUACAGGCAUUUUUAAAAAAUAAAUAUACUAAUUAUAUUUACUCAGUCAUGUUUGCUUAAGGACUAAACACUGAAUGUAAAAGAACAGUGUUUUUAUUACAAAGGUAAUAAAAGCGAUGCCAAUAGGUAUGAACUAGAAAUGGGCCAAUCAGGAUUUGUCUGGCAGAAGAGGAAUUUGAGUUUUAUUUGAGGUCUAAGCUGCUGAUUUGGGUUAUUUAUUCAAAGAACGCCUAAGAAGAGAAAAAUGUGCUCCACGUUCUUCAGCAGACACAGUUGUUCCGAAUCCAAAAAUAGAAAAUACUAACAUUCAAGAUUUUCUCAAUUUUUGCGUCAAAACGACUGAUUUUUACUCAACUAGAUUGAAGCAUGUACGAGGCCUUUUGAAACUAAAGAUUUCGGAAGUUAUGGGAAUUGUCAAACAGAGCUGACGAGUGGAUAACGGGGAAAUUGUAAUUGUGCCUCUCUUGUAUUGAAAAAAAUAUUCUACUGCUAAACUUCGAAAUAUGGUUCUUUUUCUACUGAUUUAUGAACUAAAACUAACAAACAGUUUUGGCAAAGAUGGGAGUUCUGAAUCGUUUUUUGUUUUGCUUUUUUACACAAUGUUAUUGGUCAAAAUUUAGAAAGAAAAAAAAAACAACAACCUUCCGUUAAAAAAUAAAAGUAAAUUUUUUUGUGUGCUAACUCUUGAAAAUAUCAACUAGUAAGCAAUGUUAAGUGGCAGCUAAAGGGAAUGACUCCAGAUCAAUUUUCCGUUUUAAACCCAUUGACUUGUAUAAAAUGAUCAUAUCUCAAACAGGAUUUUAAAUUUUUCAGAACUUUUACAACAUGGUUCUUUUAUGAUUUUACUCUGUUUCUGGUGCUCCUACUUUGGGAGAGUCGUUUAUUAUGAAAUAUGGCAAAUAAAAGUAGGUAUUACUGACCUUCUGUUGGCAAAGCAGAUUAUAGUGAAUU